UUUGACCGUUAAAUAUAUGGUGAUCGCGCGACUCACUUAAAUUUCUUCUCGCGUUAAAGCUAAUAUUUUUUUUUUGUGAAAUUUUUUUUUAUAUAUAUAUUUGAUUAUUAAUAUUAUUUGACAAUAGAUUUUAUUUGAUGCAUUAAAAUUUUAAUCGAAGCCUCAUUUCAUGACAACUAGGCGGCAGUUGAAUCGUUAUUCACACCUUGAAUCACACCUGUGUCAAGCACACGCUACACAGUAUAAUUUAACAAACACCACGCGAUUGUCGCUGAGAAGCUCCUGAACUGAAGAUUCUCUUCUCCGAGUUUUUUAUAUAUAUAUUUUUUUUUCCUCACCGUCGGCAAACGAUUGUCAUUAUUUGGAAAUUUUUGAAACAAUGAAGGAGACUCUAGCGAAACAGGAUAUAAAAUUAGAGUGGGAGGAUCGUCGUUUAUCCGGAAAUAGUUCUUCCCCGCCAGUGACGAGAAUGACCGACGAUCAAACAACCGAAAGUCCACAGAGUGUCAUCACAACUCGCAGGUACACACGAACAAUUACAGCAACAGGUCAUAUUACUGAGACACUCACCAAUCAUACACCCGAUUCACCUGAAUCAUCAAAUUCCAAUAAUGUUCAACAAGUGAUUCAGCAUCAACAAAUUCACGUUAAGGAUGAAAAUUCCGAUCAUCGUCAAAGAUAUCAUCAAGAGGAAAUACAACAUCGUCCUGAACAUGUUCCGAUUUCACCUCACGGCAGUCCCAAUCAACAACAAGUGACAGAUCAACAUCAACCUCCUGUUAUCUUUACAAUCAGUGGUGGCACCGAACUACAAGUCGAGCCAGCCGAAACAUCCGAACCACGAAAAGAACCACCCAGAUACGAAACAACAAUUCCGGAAAGAAAUGAAAGUGAACGGAUAUAUCUAUUUCCAAAGGAUGCGGAAAUUAGACGCGAAGGUGGUCACGUAAUUGCUCUACAAGUACAAGAACAUCGUAGACAACAUAAUCAGCAACAUCAUCGAAUUAGUCCACAUCAUAAUAGUGAACGAUAUCAAAAUUCACCGAUGAAUGCAACUAAUGAUGAUUAUGAGGCAACUGUUAUGGUAACACAAUCAGGUGGACCUGGUGGACAUUUAACGGCAUCUGUUACAUAUUCACCGCCAAUUGAAUUGCGUACCAAUCAGCAUCAUCAUCAUCAUCAUCAACAACAACAACAACAACAACUUAUUGGUACCUAUACGGAAACUGGUGCAAAUGGUACAGUUAAAUAUAAUGGUGAAACAACUGUUCCAGCUGAUAGUAUCAAAGUUUCCAGUACUUAUACAACUUUAGAAACAGCAGCAUUACCAGCAUCACAAUCCGUUGCCUAUAAUCAAUAUCUCGUGACAGCUGAUGCUUUUCAACAACCUGCCGGUUAUGGUUACCCUAAACCUGGUGAAUUAUUCUUUUUGCCUACUACAAAUCCACCUGGAGUUCGAGUAUCUGAGGUGGAUCCUCCGGCUUAUAUAAAAAGUGAUCCAACUCUAACGUCAUCAUCUUUAUUGAGUACAAGAGCAGUUGCACUACAAUAUCAACAACCAGGUUCUCCAAAUUCACAAAUGGAUCUCUACAGUACAGGCGCAACUGUCACUUAUCAAUAUCCAAAAUCAGUAAAUGAACAUUAUUGGCCGUCUGGUGGUGGUCAUUCACCGCCAUCUGGAAUUGAAUGUGGACAAGGUUAUCCAGGUGUGACAAUAUCGCCAAGCGAUGCUGCAACAGUUACAACUGGUACCUAUUCAGGUGGCUCUUACAUUUCAUCAGGAUUAAAUGGUCCACCAUCACCAUGGGGUUUACCACUACCAAGUCCAAUAGAUCCAGCAUUUGAUGAAUCAAAUAUUGGCUCUGAAUUAAAAGAGUGUGUAAAUUGUGGAGUUAUGGGAACACCAUUAUGGCGACGAGAUGGCACGGGAAAUUAUCUUUGCAAUGCCUGUGGACUCUAUAAUAAAACUAAUGGUGUCAAUAGGCCGCCAAUUAGAUGCGCAAAACCUAAACAAAAUGUGGCGCCGGGUGGUGGUAGAAGACCAGGUGUAAGGUGUGCAAAUUGUGGAACAAAUAAUACAACACUUUGGCGACGAAACAAUAAUGGAGAACCAGUAUGCAAUGCCUGUGGACUUUAUUAUAAAUUACAUAAUGUGAAUAGACCAAUGAGUAUGAAGAAAGAUGGGAUACAAACGAGAAAAAGGAAACCAAAGAAUCACGCGAAUAUGAAUUCAGGCCUAAGUGGACCGAGUGGUGUACAGAAGACCGAGAUUAAGUCCAGCUUACUCGUGGACUCGAAGCUGCAGUUGAAUUUAUUUUCAAAUGGGGGUAAGGGUGGAGGGGACAUCGAGCAUUAUCCUACUGUAGGUACACUGACUACUUCGCAUUUAGGACAUGCUCAUUCACCCCUUGCAUUACCGUCCGCCGCAGUUUUGAAUCGUCAAACAACCCUUACUGUUCCACCUCUAGAGCCAAUGUCUAGAAUAAGUACCGACCUCACAUCGGUGAUAACUUCAACAACUGCAGCUCUACAUACCGACAGGCCUUAAAAAGAGAUCGUAGCUAAAAUUCUGUUUUAUCAAUUAAAUUCUUCUUUAUCUGUUUUUUUUUUUUAAAUUUCUCGCGAUUCUUUAUAAAUAUUUAUAUAUAAAAUAAUAUAUUUAACAGAUCUCUUCGAUUUAUUGAAUAAUUUAAUUACUGAUAAAUUAAAUUAUCUAUUAUAGGUAUUUUUCAUUUUACUUAAUAUGUAAUAUUUAAUUCCAUGUUUUCAUAAUGAAAUUAAUUAAUUAAAAAUUUUAUAAGAUAUUUUAUCUAUUUGACAUUUAGAUAUAAAAAAAAUAAUUUUAAAUUCAUUGUUAUGACUUUUUUUUUG